AUGGCGCUGCCGACCCUCCGGCCAUUUAUCACCCGCUCCUCCCCAUCCAGGCGGUGCUUCGCGCCGGCGGCAGCCUCGACCCCCUCCCUCGCCGCCACUCUGGCCCUCAAGCCAUCCAUCGAAGCCAUCACCGGCGCACAAAUCCACUCCUUCUCCAUCUCCUCCGGCCUCAACUCCUUCCUAGCUGUCUCCAACUCCCUUAUCAAUUUCUACUCAAAAUCCGGAUACUUUGAUAAUGCCCUCAAGGUAUUCGAUGAAAUGCCUGACAAAGAUGUCAUUUCCUGGAACACCAUUCUCUGUGGCUUUGUUUGUGGCUACGAUGCUUUACGAUUCAUGCAGAGAAUAAUGAGAGCCGGAGUUCCUCUCGACCCCGUGGCAGUCACCACCACUCUGUCAAUCUCUGGAUUUCUCCAAGAUAUCCACUUUAUCCACCAGCUCCAUUCCCUUGGAUUCAAAUCCGGGUUUGGCUACGAUAUACUUGUGGGCAAUGCUCUAAUCACGGCUUAUUCUAGGCUGGCCUGCUUUCUCGAUGCCAGGUUAGUGUUUGACGAGAUGCCUGUGAAAGAUUUGGUUUCAUGGAAUGCCCUGUUGUCUGGGCUCAGUCAAGAAGGCAAUUUUGCCGCCGAGGCGAUUCAGAUUUUUGUCAGAAUGGUCAGCGUUGAAGCCAUGAUCCCUGACCAUAUAUCUCUCUCCAGCGCUAUUUCAGCCUGCGUCCAGGAUUCAAACUUACAGCUUGGAUUCCAAAUUCAUGGCUCUGCGGCAAAAGUAGGCCUCGUUACCCAUGUUUCAGUUUCAAAUCUUCUCAUGUCUAUGUACUACAAGUUCAACAGCAUUGACUCUGCAACCAAAAUUUUUCUGGAUAUGAGAGACAGGAAUGUCAUUUCAUGGACUACUAUGAUUUGUAUAGAUCCAAGCAGUGCUGUUCCUCUGUUUAACAGCAUGAGAUUGGAUGGCGUGCAGCCUAAUGAUGUAACUUUAGUUGUUUUAGCCAAUUCUGUAUCGCCCAAACAUGUGCUUCAGGAGGGUGAAAUGAUUCAUGGUGUCUGCUUCAAAACCAGAUUUUUUACCAAUGUAUAUGUUUCAAACACCCUGAUAACAAUGUACGCAAAGUUAUCCUCCAUGGGAGCGGCAAGAAAGAUCUUCGAAGAGAUGGAGGACAAGGAAACAGUGAGCUGGAAUUCUUUGAUAUCCGGCUAUGCCCAGAACGGGCUUUGUGAAGAAGCUCUACGAGCGUUCUCCUCAGCUAUCCUGUACUGUGUGCCAAACCAUUAUACAUUUGCCAGCGUUAUCAGUGCAGUUACUUCUGCGCAAACAAUUUACUUAACUUAUGGUCAGAGAUGCCAUUGCCGGAUCCUUAAGCUGGGCCUCAGCACUAAUGAGCAUGUGGCUGGCACCCUCAUUGACAUGUAUGCGAAGCGAGGCAGCAUCGGCGAAUCCUUGAUGGCUUUUGGCGAAACAGUCAACAGGAGCUUGAUCAGCUGGACUGCAAUAAUUUCAGCACAUGCCAAGCAUGGAAGUUUUGAGAUUGUCAUGAAACUGUUUGGGGAAAUGCUGAGCUCCAAUCUUCAGCCUGAUCAUAUAACCUUCCUGGCAGUUCUUACAGCUUGUUGCUGCAGGGGUAUAGUUAGUGUGGGACAGAAGGUUUUUGAUAUGAUGGUGAAUCAAUUCAAGCUCGAUCCAUGGCCGGAGCAUUAUGCUUGUAUGGUUGAUAUGCUGGGAAAAGCUGGGAAGUUAAUGGAGGCUGAAGAAUUUCUGGGGAAGAUACCCAACGGGCCUGGUGUUUCAGCAUUGCAGAGCUUGCUGGGGGCAUGUAGGCUUCAUGGAGAUAUGGAGAUGGGAAAGAGAGUGGCAGACGCUUUAAUGGAGAUGGAGCCAUUAGAGUCGGGGGCUUACGUGCUCAUGUCGAACAUAUAUGCUGAUGCAGGGGAGUGGGAAAAUGCAGCGAGUGUGCGGAGAUGGAUGAGGAACAGAGGGGUGAAGAAGGAGGUGGGCUUUAGUUGGGUGGAUGUUAGAACUGGGAAUUCUUCACACAUGCAUAAGUUCUCUUCAGAUGAUAAUACUCAUCCACUGACAGAGGAGAUUUAUGGGGUUACAGAGAGUUUAGGAAUGGAGAUGAGAUUACUGGAACAAGAGGUGUAA